AAGAUCAGCUGCAUUUUGACAUUUCACACAUAACCUAAAAUUGAUACCCUGUAAUAAUUCUUAAAAAUUGUACUUGUAUGAAAUACACUCGAAUAAGUGACGCAUUGUAGCACGAACAUUAGUGCCUUAUAUUACUUACAAUGUUUCGUAAGCGACUAGUGUAUUUGGCGCAACUAAGUGCUGUGGGUCUGACCGGGUACUACGCGGGUCAGUUUAGUGAAAAAUUUAAAAAUGACGAUGCUCAGACGGUGAUGAUUGAUGGUAAAAGGGUCCAGAGUAUGCCUGGCUUGCCUAUCUUUGGUACGGUUUCAGCUGCGACUCCAUUUAGUGAUGUGGGUUCUACAAAGGACAGAGUAUCACAGAUUAUGAAGUAUGGCUUCCCUAGCUUAGACAAUAUCCGUUCAUACGACGACUUCGUUUUGUCGUACGACCGUCGCAACAGAGUCCCGAACUGGGUCUUUGAGCAUAUCACUAAACUGCAUGUCACCAAGAAUGACCAGGUCGACCGGAGUAAAUGUGAAUUCAAACCUGAUGAGAGUAUACAUCCGUUCUUUAGAUCGCAAAACACCGACUACAAAGGGUCAGGAUUUGACCGCGGUCACAUGGCGGCGGCGGGUAACCACCGCAUCGCGCAGAAACACGUCGAGCAAACGUUCUACCUCACCAAUAUGGCGCCACAGGUCGGCGAGGGUUUCAACAGACACGCUUGGAACAGACUUGAAAAGCACGUGAGGAAGCUUACCAAGGUGUAUGAUGAUGUGUACUGCUGUACUGGACCUUUAUAUUUGCCCAGAAAGGAAGCUGAUGGCAAAUCCUAUGUGAAGUAUCAAGUGCUAGGAGCUAACACUGUGGCCGUGCCGACACAUUUCUACAAGGUGGUGGUGGGGCAGGCCUCCGACGGCAGCCUGGACAUGGAGGCCUACGUGAUGCCCAACCAGAGGAUACCGGACGAAACGCCUGUAUCUUCAUUCAUGGUGGCACCGGAAGUGAUUGAAAGAGCAGCCGGUCUUUUAUUCUUUGACAAAAUCCAUAGGAGCAAACUAAAUAGAAUUAACGGGAAGAAAGUAUAAAUAUUGAUAGAUCUUCUUCAUUCAAGCCGGUUACAAAGACUAUUGACAAAAGAGAGUUAUAUAGUUUUAAUCCCUGACCAUAAAAAGACGUUAUGAUAUGACACUCGUCAUCAAAAAAUAAUGGUAUUCUAGUCUCCCGUUAGAAAAACCAGACAGUAGGUAAUCAGCAUGUUUAUUCCAUAUUUUGUUUUUGUGUUUGUGUAUAGUUUUAUAUUGAAUAGAUCUUCCGUUAUUUGUAUAAGUAUGUUAAUAUAAAUUUGUGCGUGAGCAACGUAUGUAUAUAAUAAUAUAUUUGCAUUUUA